GCCUCUCCCCGCCCGGCUCCAGCCGCGCUCCCGCCUCCGGGUGGCCGCGGGCUGGGGCUCCUGGGCUCCGGCGCCCAGGCGACGGCGCGGCGGCCGCCAUGGGCAACAAGCAGACCAUCUUCACGGAGGAGCAGCUGGACAACUACCAGGACUGCACCUUCUUCAACAAGAAGGACAUCCUCAACUCUUUUCCUCUGUGUCCCUCGCAGGCUGCACGCACGGUUCUACGAGCUGGCCCCCAACCUCGUCCCCACAGACUACAGGAAGAGCCCCGUUGUCCACGUGCCCAUGAGCCUCAUCGUCCAGAUGCCGGAGCUCCGGGUACGACAGAGGCCGCUGCUGCCGGGCAGGAGAACCCCUUCAAGGAAAGGAUCGUAGAGGCUUUUUCAGAGGACGGCGAGGGCAACCUCACCUUCAACGACUUUGUGGACAUGUUCUCUGUGCUCUGUGAGUCGGCUCCCCGAGAGCUCAAGGCAAACUACGCCUUCAAGAUCUACGACUUCAACACAGACAACUUUAUCUGCAAGGAGGACCUGGAGCGGACGCUGGCCCGGCUCACCAAGUCUGAGCUGGACGACGACGAGGUGGUGCUCGUGUGCGACAAGGUCAUCGAGGAGGCCGACCUGGACGGUGACGGCAAGCUGGGCUUCGCCGACUUUGAGGACAUGAUCGCCAAGGCCCCCGACUUCCUCAGCACCUUCCACAUCCGGAUCUGAGGGCCCUGCCGAGGGUGCAGGGCCCAGAAGCUGAUCAUCUGGCUCUUCUGUCCACACAAGUGACCUCCAAGCUGCCCAGAGAAGACACCGUGGCCUCUGGGGCUGUACCCACCAACCCGUCCUCGGCCCUUUCAGCAAAAAAUCCGUAACCGAGGAAGGGGGGUGUGAGGGCAGGGCCCUUCCCAGACCCCCGGCCCCGCCACAGGCCCCCCCGAGCUCCCCAGACCCCCGUCCUCUCCCCACCAGAAGGGAAGGCACAGGCCUCGCGAGGCAGGGGAUACAGACGCGUCCAGUGCUGGGCAGGCGGCUGGUCCCGUUGGCCCAGGGAAGCGAGACACGAAAGAGGCCGAGGCUUGACGAGCUGUGGGGUCUUUCUCCAGAGCCCAGCGUGAAGCUGUGUGGACGGCUCCGUCCCCGUCCCUGGUGCUGGGCCCCGGGCGCCCCUGCCCUCCCCGAGACCGAAUGCUCACUGGUGCGUGCUGUCCACACACUUGUGAGCUCCCGGCAGUAGAGCACGUCCGCGUCCCUGUGCUCUGCCUGC